UUCAGAACGGAGGUCGGGACUUGGCGCCACUUGCCGGCUUCUAGCAGGGAGGAGAAGGGAGGGUCCAAGAACGCAGCCAGGGAGCCGUUUCGGCAGCCUUUCCCCCCCGAUUCCACCGGGAAGCCACCCUUUCGGACCGGAGUCCCUGGGCUGCAGUUUGGAGUAGCUUCCAGGUGCCAAAGUGCCGGCUGUGCGUCUGUGCGAGUGUGUGUGUGUGUGUGAAUUGGGGCUCGCUCUCUAGGACUGUUGUGGCCAUCCUCCUCCUCCUCCCUUGACAGGCUGUGGGUGGGUGUGAGCGUGAGCGUGCUAGGAGCUAGUGUGCAAGACCAUCGCACUCCCAGGACGCGCGCACAUGCGCGCGCAGCCCUCCUGCCCGCCUUUCCUGCUUCCAAUCAACCAGCCUGGAUUAACCUUUCCGGCUCCCGCCGUGUCUUUGCUCUGCUGACCACUCCGCAACCUCCGGAAGCCUGUUCUGCGCUGUCGAGCGUCUGUCUCCCCACCAGCCAUCCCUCCAAAGCCCCGCCAGCCCUCUGGCCGCGCGGGAGACCACUCGGCAGCCUCCCGCUCUCAUCCUCGCCGGAGAGAACUGGCAGCGGCUCCGGACUCCUCCUUCAGAAUCCGGAGCUGCCCCCUUCGGCUUCCUCGGCAGCCCGGCCCGCUUCUUCCUUUCCGCGACGGCAGGAGGCCGCAUGAGGAGCCAGCGCUGCGGGAACCGACCCGCCGGGAUGGGCUGAGCGGCGGAAGGAGAGGAGCCUCGUUCGCCGGUGAGUGAAUGAGCGGUUGGUGCUACCGCUUGGGGGACUAUUGGUGCAAUGCAACACCGCGUGGCAGGCUGCAGGGCUUGGCCGAGCACAGGCUGAGAAGGGGAGGAGCGGACGUCAAAGCGGUGAGCCGGGCUUGACUUGUCCAUGAGAGGCACCUUUUCCCCAGCGGGGCUGGAGGAAGCGAGCGACGACGGCUUGGUCUUCGCCGUUCUCCGGAUCGCACUUGGCAGCAGGUGGAUCCUGCCGGUCCUGCUCGGGUGAUGAGCACAGCGGGUCCUCUGCCUCGUUCCCGCCCUCGGCUUAGUGUUGCGGCAAACCCCGGACUUUGCCAGCGCCGGUCCCAGUGCCCUCGUUGCUACCUCCAUGGUUCCUGCCCCUCCAUCUUCUCUUCUCCAGAAACGGGACCCUGACUCUGCUUCCCUGCGUCUUACAAUGUGGUUUCAGGAUGCUCCGGUGUCCCGUCAAUGUCUUGCUCUGAGCUUUAAAGCAUCUUGGCUGCUGGUGCUAUUGAGUUUGGGCACUGGACGGCAAGGGGGGUUGGCGCUGAAUUGCCCCAAGAGCUGUGUCUGUGCCAGCAACAUCAUCAGCUGCUCCAAAGCGGACCUGAAAGUCUUCCCUCAUCACCUUCCUCAUUACUCCGUUGUCCUGGACUUUAGCCACAAUCAGCUGACCCACCUGCGAGCAGAGUGGACUCCUUUCGAGCUCUCUCAUCUCCAUUCCUUGUUCCUCAGCCACAAUGGCCUUUACUUCAUCUCCACCGAGGCCUUCAGCAAUGUCCCCCACUUGAAAUACUUGGACCUCUCCUCCAACGCCAUUGAUACACUAGGAGAGAACAUCUUCAGUAAACUGAUUGAACUGGAGGUGCUUCUCCUAUUUAGCAACAAGAUCACCAAGAUUGACCGCACAGCUUUUGAUGAUAUGGCCAACCUCCAGAAACUGUACCUUAGCCAUAAUGAGAUCUCCCGCUUUCCCCUGGAGCUGGUAAAAAAUGGAGAGGCCAAGCUUCCUGAACUGGCACUGCUGGACCUUUCUUCCAACAAGAUCAAGAACCUGCAUGUGGAUGAGGUCAAGGAGAUCCCAGCCUGGAUGAAGAACGGCCUCUAUGUUCACAGCAAUCCUCUCAGCUGCCAAUGUGACCUUUACAACCUCUUCACCCACUGGCAGAAACGGCAACUAAGCUCCGCUGUGGACUUUGAGGAAGAGCUCCAAUGCUUGGAUCAGACCAAGAAUAAAAACAUCACGAUUUCCAGCUUGUAUGAUCCAGAAGGCAUGAACUGCAGUACCUUCAAGGAGGAAGUCCUAGAGUUCCACCGUGGGGACAAGGCAACCAUCAAUUGUGAUACCAGGCAACGAGGAGUGACAGUUAAGGAAUGGGUGACACCCCGAUAUGAGCAUGUUCAACAGGAGGAUCAUAAUGACACCAUUACUCUGCUGCCAAAUGGAAGCCUUCUGAUAAGUAAUAUCAGCACAGAUGAUAUGGGUCUGUAUACCUGUUAUGCAGUAAGCCAGGUGUUCAAUGAGACCCUUUAUGUACAAGUCAUAGUCCAUAACUAUACCCUUCACGGAGCCCCAGACAUGUUUAAUACAGCCUACACCACACUAGUGGGCUGUAUCCUGAGUGUCAUUCUUGUGCUUAUCUAUCUUUACCUGACUCCAUGCCGUUGCUGGUGCCGCAGCAAUGAGAAGCAGGCUAACCAACAAGAGGACAGUAUCAACUCUUCAGUGCUCAGCACCACUCCGAAUCACAAUGCUGAAGUGACUGGGGACAAGGAAGGAUUAAAUCGGAACACAGUGCCAAGCAGAGCACAAGGCCAGAAUGGCAAAUGCAAACCCACCAACUCCCCCAAACAUGCACCCAAAGGAGUCCAGAAGGUAGAAAGAAAAUUGUCAGAUCCAGAGUCAGUCAGCUCAGUCUUCUCUGACACUCCCAUUGUGGGACCCUCACCAAAUGAAGGCGGGAGAGGAAGUAGUAGGGACAAAGCAGGGACUGAAUUAGUUGGACUGCUGUGAUCAUUCAGGCUAUGAAAGGAAAGAACAGGAACAGAUUCACAUCUUUAUCAUCAAGUCAGGCACUAUUCUAUAAUCUGUCACAGUCUGUAACAGCAUUCCUGUUUGGUUCCCUUCUUCUUGUGUCCAGUAUUGAAAAUCUGAUGUCUCAACUUA